AUGUUUUGGAGAUUUGGCGGUUACGCCAACAUCUCGACCAUCGACACCAUCCUCGACAAGCCCGACUUUACGCUUGAGGAGCUUCUCGAUGAGAGCGACUUGAUCCAGGAGCUCAAGCAGCACAACACGAAACUCAUCGAAUAUCUACGAGAAGACAAGACCCUCGAAAGGCUCCUUGAAUAUGCCGUCGCACCACGACUAGAGGUCAUCGAGACCCCUGAUGAAGAAGCCGAGGAUGAGUCCGGGACCAAGGGCAAAGGGCGCCUGCUCCCGUUCUCACGACCCCGCGCCUCGUCGCGUGCCACCGACACCACCGAGGCUGAUGACGACGAGCAGGAAAAGAGGCGCAAUAGAUAUGCAUUUGUUGCCUGCGAGGUCUUGAGUUCAGAUACUUGGUCCAUUUACGAGGCCCUUACGGAAAAUCGACACAUGGUUCGCGAGUUCUGGUCCUUCCUCUCUCGUCCCUCUCCCCUCGACCCUCUGCAGGCCAGCUAUUUUACGAAAAUUAAUGAGUCACUAUUUGAGAAGAAGACGGACGAUAUGAUGGACCUUCUACGCAACCUGCCAAAUGCCGUAGAAAAUCUCCUGCGGCAUGUCGAAUGUCCAAUGAUCAUGGACCUUCUUCUAAAAAUUAUUGCCUUGGACCGCAGUGAGGGCGGGCAAGGAAUUGUCGAGUGGCUAUACUCGAAAAACAUUAUCCCGACGCUGCUUUCAUGCCUGGGCCCUGAAAAUAGCUGGGUUGUACAGACAGCCGCCGGUGACUUUAUCAAAGCCAUCAUUACAAUUUCUGCCAAUGCUUCUCAGAACGAACAGCAGUGCAUCGGCCCAAACGAGCUUACUCGGCAGCUUGUAUCGAAACCUUGCGUCGAACAACUGGUGGGCUACAUGCUGGGUGGAGGUAACCCCUUGACAGUUGCUGUCGGCAUUAUCAUUGAAGUAAUCCGAAAGAAUAACUCGGACUAUGACCCAGACGUUGGGACAGAAGCCAAUGUGGUGCCAUCAAGCCAUGACCCCAUUUACUUGGGAACACUGCUGCGCAUAUUUGCGGAGAAUGUGCCGAAAUUCAUGAGCCUAAUCAUGGACGCACCAUCGCAAAAGAAGCAUUUGGAUUCCACAUUUGGCGAGAAGCUCGAACCCCUUGGUUUUGAUCGUUUCAAAACUUGCGAACUUAUGGCUGAGCUCCUGCACUGCAGCAACAUGGGUCUCCUGAAUGAAGUCGGGGCGGAGGAACUGAUUGCGGUGAGAGAUACAGAACGCCAAAGGCUACGAACAGACGGGAAACUUGUCCAGCCAAAGGAUGAAAACUUUUCCGCAGAUGACCUAACGAUGCGCAUGUCUCAUCCUACUCAAGAAGAACCCCGCCGUCUAGAGGUUACAAAUGCGGACGAUGAUGGCUUUGAAGAAGUCGAGCCCAGCAAGGAGAUGAGCGAAGACACCUCUCAUGAGUUUGUCAAGGCAGAGGCUGACAUCACUCUGCCCCAGCCAGCCUCGGACCUAGAUAAGGAUGAGGAUGACUUUGUGGAUGAACCAUUGAGUUCUCCAAGAUUGACCGUGGCAGCAGAAAAAGUCACGGAGCAACAGUUCGAAAUACCAGAUCUCGUGGUUGCCCCCUUGUCUCCGUCCAAGCCCAAGCCUGCAGAACCAGUUCCAGCCUCUACGUCCACCGUUGAUGUCCCGGCUGCUUCAACGGAACAGAAGGAUGGAAGUGAGUCCAAGGUUGAGGAAUCUACCGAUGGUCCAAGUGUAUCGCAAGGUAAAGAAACGAAGUCACAAGAUUCAGAGGCUGAUGUUACGCUGCCAAUCUUGAGCCGCACGGGCGCCUCUGAGACCGAGAAAAAGGAGCCAGAAACUCAAGCAGAGACACUGGACCGCACCUUCUUCCCUCAUCCUGAAGAUACACCUGCGCCUCUGUUUUCCUCCUCGACGGUAGUCGAAUCAAGCAAAAAGGAACAGUCAGACAGCACCGCAGCUCAUCAGCCAUCCGAGUCUUUCAACACCCCUGAAGUGCAUGUCACUGAAAUCAAUUCACCCGGCCUAGAAUCUACUACUCAGUCGAAUGAGCAACCGAAGAAGGCCACCGAACCCGUUGUGGGAGACUACCUCAAGAGGCAGUUCGUGGAGCAUCGAGUUGUGCCCACCAUUCUGUCUUUCUUUUUCGCAUAUCCAUGGAACAACUUUCUUCACAAUGUCGUCUACGAUAUUAUCCAGCAAGUGUUUAACGGUCCCAUGGAUCGUAGCCACAACCCCACAUUGGCUGUGUCUCUCUUCGAAGCAGCUAAUAUCACAUCAGCCAUUAUCAAUGGUCAAAGAGUUAGCGAUGACUCGCAUGCCAAGACAAAGACCCGAAUGGGAUACAUGGGCCACCUCACUCUCAUUGCCGAGGAGGUUGUUAAAUUCACGGAGCGACACCCACCUGAGCUGUUGUCCGAAAUGGUUCUUGACAGGGUCAUGAGCCAGGAUUGGAUCAACUACGUUGAGGGUGCCUUGGCCGAAACUCGCGAGCGAGAUAAUGCUAUUCUCGGAGGGGUUCGACCUGAGGUAGCCUUGGGUCAUAGAGGUAGCCUGGGAGCUGUUGGCGGGUUGGGCAGCAUUGGCCUAUCUGGCAUUAGCGGCUCUGGCUCUGCUACCGGAUCUAAUGCUUUGGCCGAAGCUGGUCUAAAUGGCGGUAUUGAACUGAGUGAGAAUAAUGGAAACGGGAUAGGGCCGUUCGCCAUUGGCGGUACCAGCCCGCUGAUGUCAGGGUUCGGAAGCAGCAGCGAUGAGGACGAUGAUGAGGACGAGGACGGUGAAGGGGACGAAGAAGACGUGAAUUCCGAGUUUCGUGCCUACACAGAUUCCUUAAACAACGCCGAUGGUUCCAUGGCACCCCCAUCCAUCCCUCCGCCGCCUCCACCACCACCACCACUGAACAUUCCCCCUUCGCGGGCUAGGUUACAAUUGGCUGCGAGGUUAGCAAUGCAUCAGAAAAACAACCAAGCCACAGAGGCGUCGUCGGCAACACUACACGAAUAUGACGAUGAAGAUGAUAGCAACAUCGCCAACCCAUUUGCUGACGGCGAUGAUGAUUUUGACGACGAUGACGACCAAGACACCUUAGGAGAUAGUGGUCGAGGUGCGUGGUGGAGAGGGGUUGUACGGCGGCCGGGAAACGAUGACUUCAAGGACUCUGAUGAUGAAAACGACCAUGAUGACGACGAAGAAUUUGGAGAUUUUGCAAUGGCCGGGGAUGAGAAAGCUAAUAACGACAGCCCGGAGAAUCUGGUCCUCAAACCACUAGCUGUCAACCCAGCUAAGGAAGGAAGCCGAGGGUUGAGUGGGCUCUGGCCAUUUGGUGCCAAGAGCGAGAAGGAGAAGCAUGCAGAGGAAGAUGAUACCAAGGCACAGGGCAUUGCUAUCGGGGUUGAGAAUGACAGCAGCGCGUCUCACCCACCCCAGGUAAUAGAGGCAAAGAGGAGGACUAGCAUUGAGGACCCAGAUGAGGACGAGGUAGUUGUUUAA